AUGGGACUCAUUGGUUCUUGUGACGGUUUGGUAUGUGUAAAAGAAUGUCGCCGUGGUAUGUUCAUCCUCUGGAAUCCAAGUACAAGAGACUACAAAAUAAUACCUGGUUCCUUUGUAGUAGAAGGGGAAAUACAUGGAGUACUUCGACGGAAGUAUGGAUUUGGUUAUGACUGCAAUGGUGACGACUACAAGGUGGUAACAUUGAGUUGUGAAGAAAACACUGUUAAAAAAAAGACUGUAGCUUUUGUAAGUGGAGCUCUACAUUGGGUGGUGGAUCGAGAAGCAGAUGAUAUGAGGGUAAUCAUAUCUCUUGAUUUAGCAAGUAAGACAUACAUAGAAGUGCCGCAACCUGAUUAUGAGAAUUUUUCUUAUCUUGCGGAAGUGGGGGCUUCAAGAGGGUGCUUAUGCUUACUGGCUUACGACAACUUCGACUAUUGUGAUAUUUGGGUGAUGAACAAAUACGGGGUGGGAGAGUCUUGGAUCAAAUCGAUCAGAAUUUCAUAUUGGCUUGGAGAUGAGCGUAAUUAUUUGGGGCACUUAAAACCGCUGACAUGGUUUAUUGAGAACGGGGAAAUUGUAUUGAGUAUAGGUGGGAAUCUGGCUUCCUACAAUGCAAACAGAAACUCAGUCAGGUGUAGUAGCCCUCGCAAGGAGUUACCGUCGUCCAUGGUGGUGUUCCAAGCAAUUCCGGUGAAACUGGAGCUUAAGGCUCCCUAA